UGCACACUCCCAGUAGUUUACGCACCUCCUGGCCGCUUCGUUCCUGGUUAUUAAAGGUAGGGCAUGUGUGCCGCCAGCGGAAGCCUCACAGCUUUGAAAGGGGCCCCGCAGAUGAUCACGGGGCGGUAAACCGGGCGCAACGUCACGCGCGAGCAUGUGGCCGGAGGUGCGAAACGGCACGGUCCUCGAGCUGGGGGAGGGCAACGAGUCGCAGGUCGUGGUCCCUGCCCCUGUCUGGCUUCCCCUUACCUCCCUCAGAAAUGGUUCAAUGGUGGCAUCUCCUUCACCUCUCACCGAGACCCCUCUACACAAACGCAGUGGGAUUAUACCAGGUUUAAUAGCUGCUGCUUUGUUCAUAACCUUCCUACUGGCUCUGUACACAGUUCUGUGGAAGUGCAUGGUCUCCCCAGCAACAAAAAGGGGGAAAAGGACGCGGGGCCUGAAGAGCGUAAGGAGAGCAGUCUGACAUGCAGACUCUUGGAAUAGCACUUAUGCUGGCUGACAUUUUCUGAUGGCGCACCUUCAUAAACAGAGCUAAGGAACCCUCUGUACUUCUGGUCUGAGGGUUCUCCAAGGCAGCUCUGAUCUCUGCAGAGGUCAGAGUUACGCAAUGACUAAAACAUCAAAAGCACUGGAUGUUGGACUAUGAGACAGGUUGUGAACUUCAACCAAAAAAACCUUUUUUUUUAAAAUUGACAUAUGAUUUGUCUCUACCACCACUAGAUGGCAGUAGUCCAUAUGUUUAAAACACAGCAGAAGACUUUUGUCAGCCAAAGUGUUAGUUCCUGGACUUGGAGAUCAGCAGAAAAGAUCAUCAUUAAUGCACAGUUAACAAAAGUGGAAGCCCUUGUAAAUAUUCUGUAGCAAUAAUACUGGUUUGGAAUAACGAUGCUGGUUAGUGGAUGGAGGUUCCAGUUGGUUUGUGGAUGAGGAUCUGGAGGUCGUUGCUCAGGGUGUGUCUGUGGUGCGCGCGUGUGUGCAAUGCCACCUACCAUUUUAUUGCAUUAUUACUCUA